GAGCGGGCUGCGCGGCUCCUUGCUCGUCGUUACCGGCUUCCCGGGGUCGCUGGCCGGCCCUCCGGGUCCCUCACCCUCGCUGCCGCCCAGGAUGUAUCACAACAGCAGCCAGAAGCGGCACUGGACGUUCUCCAGCGAGGAGCAGCUGGGGCGCCUCCGGGCCGACGCCAACCGCAAGUUCAAGUGCAAAGUGGUGGCGAACGGGAAGGUUCUGGCAAAUGAUCCAGUCUUUCUUGAACCUCAUGAAGAAUUAAUAAUCUGCAAAUAUUAUGAGAAAAGACUGUUAGAUUUCUGCUCCAUAUUUAAGCCUACAAUGCCAAGGUCUGUUGUGGGUACAGCAUGUAUGUACUUGAAACGUUUUUACCUCAAUAACUCAGUGAUGGAAUAUCACCCUCGGAUAAUAAUGCUCACUUGUGCAUUUUUGGCAUGCAAAGUAGAUGAAUUUAAUGUGUCCAGCGUACAGUUUGUUGGAAAUCUUCGGGAGAGCCCUCUUGGACAGGAAAAGGCACUUGAACAAAUUUUGGAGUAUGAACUGUUACUUAUUCAGCAGCUUAAUUUCCACCUUAUUGUCCACAAUCCUUACCGGCCAUUUGAGGGUUUUCUCAUUGACUUGAAGACUCGUUAUCCAGUACUAGAGAACCCAGAAGUUUUAAGGAAAACAGCUGAUGACUUCCUUAAUAGAAUUGCUUUGACAGAUGCUUACCUUUUGUAUACACCUUCACAGAUUGCUCUGACUACCAUUCUAUCCAGUGCCUCCAGAGCUGGAAUUAACAUGGAAAGUUAUUUAUCGGAAAGUCUUAUGCUGAAAGAGAAUCGAACCUGUUUGUCACAGUUAUUAGAGACAAUGAAAUGCAUGAAAACCUUAGUAAAGAAAUAUGAACCACCAAGGCCUGAGGAAGUUGCUGCCCUAAAGCAGAAACUAGAGAAGUGUCACAGUGCCGAACUUGCAUUUAAUAUAAAUGUAAAGAAGAGGAAAGGUUAUGAAGAUGAUGAGUAUGUCUCAAAGAAAUCUAAGCUGGAAGAGGUAACUCAACAACCAAUGUAGAAUUAAAAGACAAGUACAGAAGGUAAGAAGAAUUAAAAAAAAAUGUGUCACCAUUCUUUAAAAGUAGCAUCAGGAGUUCUAAAGCUCAGAUUAAGUUGAGGCUGCUUAAGAAUACUAAGAACAACAAAAAGGGUUUGAAGUUUUUUUUAAGCUCUCAGGGAAUGAGGAGCUUCAAAUAAGAGAUAGAACUGUAACUCAGUGGAUGGGACGAUAAUGACAAAAAUAGCUGUUCAAUUCUUGUAUUUUAUUUGUUCAGAGAUCAUCAUCUUUGAACUUUUGGGUAGGACAGUUAUGGCUGAUAGAGAAUUGAUACUCAAGGACAAGGCAUAUAAAGAGAGCACUCGGCUGUUUUCAGUGAAUUCCAGUAACCUGCUUUAAAUGAACUGCAUCAAGGGGCUACUGAAAGAACUAGAUUAAGCCACUGUUAGUUGUCUUUCAAAGACUGAUAAACAAGAGAGAUGUUGCAGGAAUGACGAAAGUAAAUGUCCCAAUUUUUUACAAAAGGGAAAAGAAUAGAAUUUCCAAACUAUAGGUCUCGACUGAUUUCUGGACAAAAUUCUACAGCAUAUUAAAAAGGUGGUUAGUUAACCAUCUAGAAAAAGAAGUGAUUGCAAAAUUCCAACAUAGCUUUGUCAAGAGCAAGUUAUACCAACUUUUAUUUCCUUUUUGGACAAGGUUACUUGUGGAUCUAAUUUAUUUAGAUUUUGUUUGCUAGUUUUUGAUAUUCUUGUGGAAAAGGUGGAGUUAACCAGUUAGAGUUUGUAGUUAGGUGGAUUUGGAAAGUUGUUGAAUGGUAGGAACCAGUCAUUAUUAAUGGUUUAAUGGGAACUUAACUGAGUUCUGGGAUCUGUGCUUGGCCCUGUACCUAUUUAACUGUCAGUGGCUUAGAUUAAGGCUUAGACUAAAUAUCAGUUUGCAGAUAACCUAAAGAUGGUAUAGAGACAGGCUAGAACAUUGGGUGGAAUUGAACAAUGUGCUUUUUUUUCCUUUCAGGAAGAAUGGACUGAUGAUGAUCUUCUAGAUUCCCUAUAACUUUAUGGGUGUUACCAAAAGUGUUAGGUUGGAACAUUUAAAGUUAACUCCUGAGUUCUGAAUUGUAAAGUUUACCACCUCCGCUGAGAGAUAGGGUUUCUUUAUCUUGGAUCAAAAGUGUACAGUGAAAAUAACUUCCAUUAAACUUUUUCUAUUUAUACUUUU